AUGGCUCGCUCGAUGCUCCAAGCUGCUCUCAUUGCCGUUGCACUCUCGUCGCUCCCUCAAUCUUCCCUCGUGCAUGGUGUCCCUGUACCUGCGGGCAAGAAGUUUGCAACGACCAUUUCUGAAUCCUUCGCCACGACCAUCCAAGCUGGUCAACUGCCUCCUGAUCUCGCUAGCAUCAUCGCCUCCCUGCAGAAUGAAGCGCUUCAAGGCCUUGAGGGCCGCUGUGACGGCAACCAAUGGACAAUCCGUGGCGAACGGGUAGAUCGUGCUAUCGCUGCAACUUACAUGGAGAGGGUGGCCAAAGGAGAGGUGGGACAUGGAGACGUGCCAUGGGUCUCGUGA